AUUUUUGUGUCUAUGAAGAAGCCUUUAAAGUAAAUGCUCCUUAAUGAAAGAUAACUAAAUACUGCGCUCUGUCGGAUCCGUAAAGAACUCAAGCACACCUUUUUGGAGGUUUUUGAAAAUGCGAAGAUUUCGAAUACAGUCCAAACGGGUUUAAAAAUAUCGGUCGUCGUCGUUGUCGUCAUCUACAUCGUCGUCUUUGUCUCGCUGAUCCACAUCUCAAGCACAGAAUUGGAAGCUUCAUCAAUGGUCCCGCAACACAAUUGCGCCGCAACAACAACAAAUUAAGAAAAAUCAAUUGAAAAUCGAUCGAUCCAAUCGAAUCCAAGCCGAUUGCACACACCGCCAACUGUGUGUGUGUGUGGGUUUGUGAGCGUGUAUGUGAGAGUGUAAGUGAAUCAGUGUUGUGAGUGGAAAUGGAAUCAGUGCAAAUAAUGCAUUGAAUCGAAAUCGAAGCAAAGAAGAUAAAAGAAAAGUGCAACAAAAGAAAAUUCAAAAGAAAUAAUACGAAAUUGAAGCAGAAAGUAUCCCGCAAAUAAAUAAUAUGUGCAUGUGAGCGAAAAGCCUCGACGCCUCGAUAUAAUCAAUGGGUAGAGUGCGCGCCCAUUUAAAAAUAUGCGCCUCCAACAGCAUACAAAUGCUUAAUAGAUCGUGAGUCGUCCCAAAACAUGGUACGCGACAGCAGCCGUAACAUUUGUUUUGGAAAAUUAGCCGAAACGACGCAGCAGCAGCAACAGCAGCAACAACACCAACAACAAGCCGUGGAUAGUAGCAGUAACAAAAUACGCGAUACAUUAAAAAGGUCUACAGAAGAACCACCGACAAACAACUUCGAAAGGAACUACUACGAUCGCAGCCGCAUAGUCAGUUACCAAUCUAAUACAGCCGCCACUGCAAGCAGCGUCUCCUCCGCCGCCUCAGCCGCCGCCGUAUCAACAAACAUCAGCAGCAGUAACAGCGAUAGAUCGCGAGCUCGGGAUCGCCUAUACAGGAAUGGUUCAUACACGCCGUCAGCAGCAGCAGGAACAAUACAAACAACAACGACGACGGCAGCAACAGCAGCAGCAGGAACGCCGACAGCGCUAGGCGAUCGCAGCAACAACAACAACAUUCACCAAAACACACGCGUACCGCAGUCAUGGUACGAAGCUGCUGCGACAGCUCAUAUAAAAAGUCCUGGUGGCAGUGGCAAUGCCGGCGUCUCAGCAGCAGGCGGCAUAAUGAGCUCACCGAUCAAUCAUCAUCAUCAGCAGCAGCAACAUCAUCAUCAUCACUACUCCUCCGCCGCCUCCAGCAACAGCAGCAACACCUCCACUAUAUCCGCCUCGUAUUCACCUGCCUCGUUAGCGGCAGCAACGGCGGCCACAGCCGCAGUUCACCGCAGCGUUGCUUAUGCCGGCAGUGCGGAUGAAGUGGCGGCGCCCACGUCGGCAAUAUCGCGCAAGAUCCUGCUACACAAUCGGCCCAACGCUGCCGCCAAGCUGCUUAAGUCAGCGGCACGUUGCGGCUCCGAGUCGCCUAAUUCAGUUGCAAGUGGAGCGACAACGCCGACUGCAGCAGCGACGACGACGACAAGUACAAUCACAAACAAUAGUUUUAGUAGUAAUAGUUUAAAUAAUACAAUAAGCACGGCCACUCCAACGAUGCCAAUUGCAGCGGUGGCUACGAGCGGAUCCAACAGCGGUGACAUUCUAAAUGUGGCCGCUGUGAUUGCAGCCAGCGGUGGCGGUGGUGGUAGUGGCGUCGACAAUGGCACACCCUCAGCUGCCAUUAAUAGCAACAGUAGCAGUAACAAUAACAAUUCGCUGCGUGGACCGCGUCAUCAUUUACAUGGACGGAGCACAACAUCGUCCAGUCGCUCUCACUCCCGAUCGCCGAGUAGUUACAGCUCGUCUCAUAGCUCCUCGUCAUCGUCAUCGCACUCAUCCUCCCAUUCGCACGCGUCCAGUCCGAUAUCGGGCAAUUGUGCUGAUGUCGGUGGCGGUGGCAGCGGAGGUGCCUCCUCACGAAGCUCCAGGAGUUUGCAGUCCGUGGCAGUCACCAAUCCCUUGCAAUGCAACCCUUCAAAUCCCAGUGGCAAUGCUGUGAACGUCUGCGGUGGCGGCGGCGGUGGCUCGAGCAGUAGCAGCAGCAGCUCGAGCAGUAGUAGCAGCAGCAGCUCCUGCCUGGCGGCUAAUCCUGUGGUUCAUUCCGAAGACAAUCGGCCGCUAGCGAUACGCGUACGAAAUUUACCCGCACGUUCCUCAGACACAUCCCUUAAGGAUGGUCUCUUUCACGAGUACAAAAAGCACGGCAAGGUCACGUGGGUGAAGGUCGUGGGCCAGAAUUCGGAGCGAUACGCGCUCGUCUGCUUUAAGAAACCGGACGAUGUGGAGAAGGCACUCGAGGUCUCGCACGAUAAACAUUUUUUCGGCUGUAAAAUCGAGGUAGAACCCUAUCAGGGCUACGACGUAGAGGACAAUGAAUUUCGACCCUACGAAGCGGAACUGGACGAAUACAAUCCAAAGUCAACGCGCACCCUCUUCAUAGGCAAUCUGGAAAAGGAUAUCACAGCCAGCGAGCUGCGUGGUCAUUUCGAGAGCUUUGGCGAGAUAAUUGAGAUUGACAUUAAAAAGCAAGGCCUCAACGCCUACGCGUUCUGUCAGUAUUCGGAUAUUGUGUCUGUGGUGAAGGCAAUGAGAAAAAUGGAUGGCGAGCAUCUGGGCAGUAAUCGAAUCAAGCUAGGUUUUGGCAAAUCCAUGCCCACCAAUUGUGUCUGGAUCGAUGGUGUCUGCGAUAAGGUCUCCGAACAAUAUCUGCAAUCGCAGUUCACUCGCUUCGGUACCGUCACAAAAGUCACAAUUGAUCGGACGCGACAGCUGGCCCUCGUCCUGUACGAUCAGGUGCAAAAUGCUCAGGCAGCCGUCAAGGAUAUGCGCGGCACAAUCAUGCGGGGUCGAAAGCUGCAGGUGGACUUUGCAUCGCGUGAAUGCCAGGAUGCGUUCUAUGACAAACAGGAAAAGCAGAAUGCAUGCACUCGCUUCAGUCGCUACGAAUCAUCUUCACAGUCCCGCUCGCGUGCCUCUUCGUUUAGUCGUCAUCAGAACUCCAAUGACGGCUGCUCCCCCAGUAACACGCCAGGCAGUAGUAGCAGUAGCAGCGUCUCCAGCAACAUCAUGCCUGCACCCAGUAUCUCGUCAGCUAUUGUGGCUGGUGGUGGGUCGGCCUCGUCCUCGUCAGCAACGGGCACCCUGCCCUCGGUGGUGGGUCAAAGCUCUUUACCCAUGUCACCGGCUGCUUUGGCACAGGCACGCAUGCGCAUGGCACGAAAUGCCAGACACACCAUUGACUUCGACUUUAAUGAUCUGGGCGGGAAUCGUAAUAGAUUUCGCAACCACGAGGAACAUAGUCAGGUUGAUGAUGAAGCGAUUAGUGGCACUGGCACCGUUAACGCGGUAGGAGCUGGCAACUAUGGCAGCGGAUUGCGUUCAGACUCGCCGGUUAUUUCCCGUUUAGGGCCGGCUGUAAACUCGGGAGCCGCCGCCACAGCGACAUCUGGCAGCGAAACGCUCGAGGUUACGUUGAGCAAUAGCAGUCGACGUCGUUGUGGGAAAAGUCCAGGCAAGCAAAAAACACCCGCCGCCAUUGGUCACUUGCACAAUCAACGUUCCCUUUUGCUAGAACAACUCGAGGAAUGCCCGUCCAGUGGUGAUGAGAGCAUCGUUAGUCCGCGAAAGCGCAUCAAGAUGGAUUACCACCAUCAUCAGCAUUCCAAUGCCAGCAUGACACAGCACAUGCUGGAUGCCAAUAACGAGUUGGGCAGCAAACCCAACGUCCCCCCAAUGUCCAACUGUGAUGUCAUACACGAUCCGUUGAAUCGGAAAAGCGAGAUACGCCGCGUAUCGGAGGCCACUAAGUUUCCACCCCACCACCAUCAUCAGCAUCAUCUGCCGCAGCUACUACCGCAGCCGCCUUCAAUGCAGCCGCACAUGUUGUCGGCACGGCGACCGUCCAUUGAUGUGGGCGCCUUGUCGGCGCUUUCCAACUCCUCUGCCUUUCGACAUGGGCUCGUGGGUGCCAGUACAAUAGAUCAGAAUAUGAUUAAUGCCUCACUGGCGGCCAAAAGACGACGUGUUGCACCCGUGCCGCCUGGCCCAUUGGGCAGCAGUAACAGCAGCAGCAUGGGGGGUGCAGGCGGGAGCGGCAUUGGCAGCAUGCCCAUGCCUAACGAUGACUUUCAUCAUCAUGCGUCGAGAGGACGUGGUCACCAGCUACAUUCCCAUCAUUCGCACGAGGCCAGUGGCGGGGAGAGUGCCGAUGGCUCACGGCCGGGUACACCGCUCUGUGAUGAAAGGCCAGAGGUAUUGCCAACGGAACCGCGUCGUAUGCCGCGUGAGCGUGCGCGGGAGCGCAUGCGAGACGUAAUGUGGCUACCACUGCCAAAGUUUGGAAUACUAUUUUUUCAACAACAUCGCAGUGGAUCCGCCGGAGCUUCGUCAUUUGUCGGCACGUCUGGUGCUGCUGUCUCUAGCUAUUUACAGCAUUUGGGCACAGCAGCCAGUUUGUCCGGCAGCUCGUCAUUGCUGUCUAACAGCAUCAACUCUAGUCUAAGCGCUUGCGCCACUUCCACCACGACAACGACGUCAUCAUCCUCAGGCAUGACCUCCGUCACAGCCUGUUCUUCGGCGUCCAACCUUUUACCCAGUCCAUCGUCACGCUACUGGCGCUCACAUCAUCAUCAUCACCAGCAGCAACAACACCACCAGCACCACCACCAGCCUGCGCACCAUGGUUCUACAACCCCUGGCGGCAGCACUGGCCUGAUGGCCAGUCCCGCGCGUCCCCGCUCCCUCAGCUCCAACUCCAGUGACUCAGAUGUACCUGGUCAGACUGGUGGCAGUCCGACGCUGGACGAGCGUCUGCGCAAUUUUGAGGAGAACUACGAGCGCUGGUCUGGCGGUAGCAACAAUACGAACGCGAACUCUGGUGGUGGUAGUGGUCGCAUGCACGAUCAUAGCCAUGGGCAUGGGCACGGACACUCCCAAACACCGUCGUGGCAGCUUUCUAUGCACUCCAGUCUGGCCGGUAUUAGUUCACAUCAGGCAUCUGGGAACAGUAACAGCUCAAGCGGCACUUCCUCAAGCACGACGAGUAAUUCCCGGCAUAAGUUCCUUGAUAUAGAUGAACUGCAGCCUUCGGAUAUUGUAAAGUCGGUGCUAGCGAAGAAGUCCAUUUUCGAUGAUGACUUCCAACGCCUGAAUCAGUUGUUCGAGCCGGCAUCAACGGACCAAUUAUCUAGCAGUCGAAUUGGUCUACCAUCCAGUGGCAACACAUCGCCUGCUCUGCCCAAUCUAGCGGCCGCCAAGACCACAGCUGUGAUUGGUAACUGUAGCAAGACAGGAGGUCUACUGCAGCGUCUGAGUAGUCUGUCUCCUAUGAACUCACCGCAGCCCUCCAUGUCGCCCUACAACAGCCCUUCCCCAUCGCCAUCGGUUAAUGCCGGUGCGGCCACCAAUGCUGGUCUGAUGUCCACGCUAAACAAGCUGCCAGCAAGCACUGGGGCAGCAGCAGCGAGCACAUCUCCAGCAAGUGGCACUGCUGGAAGUAACACAAACACCACCGCCGCAGCAACCACCACCAGUAAGGGAUUGCAGUAUCCGUUUCCCAGUCACCCGCCAUUGCCAAAUACAGCGGCUCCCUUGCCAGCUGUACAACCUGCGCCUCCACCACCGCUCACGCCGUCGACAACGAGUGUUGUGCCUCCACCUCCGCCACCUGAAGGGCCGCCUGUGAAGUCCAAGACAACAGCAACUACACCGAACAGUCUCACGAAGAGUCUGAGCGUGCCUUUGCCUAGUGAUAGCACUAAGGAGCGUGCCGUACUGCAGAAGUCAGCAUCGGUACCUGGAAGUACAAACGUUGGCUCAACCGUCAAUCAGUUAGGCGGCCAACAGUCCACACAGCAAACGUCCUCCUCAUUAUCAACAUCGUCAUCCAAUGGUAACAGUUCCUCAACAGCAGCCACUCCCGUACAAAAAGCAACAACAUCUGCAAACAACUCUGCGCAAGAUGAUGAGGGUCCUAAAAAACCCUUGGCCGCUGCAAAGAAAAGCAGCAGCAGUGACAAGUCACAUGGCAAGCACAAUAAUCGCUCAGACGGUGAAAAGAAAACCAAGAAAUCAUCCGAACGACGGAAAAAUUCUGCUGCGUCGCAGUCCUCGAAGUCCUCAGCCACGCCAAAAGUGGAUGACGAGUCAAGUGAUAGCGAUGAACAAGAAAAGGCGGAAAAGGAGCAGCAGCGCGAGAAAGAAAAGGUCGAUAAAGCGCAACAGAAAGAGCGACAAGAGCGCGAAAAGCGUGAAAAAGAGCUGAGAAAACAGCAAGAGCGUGAGGAGAAGGAACGCAAAGAGCAGGAGGAAAAAGAGCGCAAGGCACAAGAGGAAAGAGUGCUGGAGGAGCGCAAAGCCAAAGAAGAAAAGGAGCGUAAAGCACAGGAAGAGCGCGAGCGUGAGGCCCAGGAGCACAUAGCAAAAGAACAGCGUGAGCAAAAAGAGCGAGAGCAGCGGGAUCGUGAGCAAAAGGAGCGCGAGCAAAGAGAACAAAAAGAACGCGAGCAAAAAGAGCGUGAACAGCGAGAACGUGACGAGCGUGAAGUUGAAGCUCAACGCAAAGCUAAGGAAGACCGCGAAAGGGAGCAACGAGAGAAGGAGCAACGUGAUAAGGGUCAACGAGACGCUGCACGUCGAACACAUGAAGCCGAACACGAGGCACGCAUGGCACGCAUGCGUGAAUUGUCGUACUCCUCCCAUUCCAAGAAGGCUGAUGCACCAAAUGUGAAUACCAAUGAUGCCAACUUUUUUGGCCACAACUCUACGCCCGAAUUUGAACGACAGCAAGGCAACAAAGAGAAUGCCGCAGAGGUGACUGGAAACGCCGCUAGUGUUGCUACCUCGGAGAAUAAUAGCAGUAAAGAACGCUCGCGCAAAUCCUCGCGAAAUUCGCCUGUACGUUUACAUAAGCGUCGUCUCAGCUCGCAGGACAGUAAUCACAGUAGUGGUGCUGCCGGUGGAGGACAAGCACAACAAAAUCACGAGGAUUAUGUGAAGCGUAUGCGUAUUGAAAACCAGAACAGCAAUCCACACCAGCGCCUAAAUGAUCGUCGCGACUCAAAGGAGCACAAGCCCCAGAUUAAACAACGUCAUGGCGAGGCAGAAGAGAAAAUCACCAAGUCGCGUGACUCCCACACCCAAGGUCACACCUCGUCUCGACAUCAUAGACGGGAGAAGCAUCAUAGCAAGCAUCAAACCAGCAGCAGCACAACCACCAUCACCAGUCAAUCAUCCACCGAUGCAGCUGCGGCUUCAGUUGGCCAGCUCAAAAAUGAAUCUUCAGUCGAGGUAAAGCAGGAAGCAGCCAGUUCUCCCAACGCAGCUGGCAGUGACUUCCCACAGGAUUCGUCACUGUGCAAAUUGCAAGUAAACACCAGCGAGGAAGAGACCGAGCAUUUGACCGCAAAGACUCCCACGCAACACACACAGCACAAGCAACGGGAGCAUGGUGGCCAUCAUCACUCUUCCUCCUCAUCGUCGCGUCACAAGAGUAAACGUGACCAUCAUCAUCGCGAGAAGAAACGUCAUUCCGUGGCCGAGUCCACCAACACAGAUGAGGAACCCACGCAUAAUCCCCACAGGCGCACGUCUGCAGCCGGCUCAUCGGCCGGUGAGGCUAGCAGCAAGCAUCACCAUCGUCACAGUGUGGAACGGAAAUCCUCGCGAGGCUCAGACGAAGGCUUGCAUCAGCAACAUCAGCAGCGCACGCCAACAUAUCGACAACAAUCUAAAUCGUCUUCCCAUCCACGCAAAGUAAUGCUCAGCUCGGCCGACUCAGAUGACACAGAUGAUGCUUCUAAGAAGCACUCUAUCUUCGACAUCCCAGAUGAUUGCCCCAAUGUAUCUAUGUACGACAAAGUCAAGGCCCGUUCCUGCAAGAACAUGCAAAAGCAGGCCGAGGAGAAAAAGAUUAAGGCCAAGUUUUCGCAACUGAAGCAAUCACGUGCCAAGAAAAAACGAUCUACCAGCUACGACGGUGACAGCGACACAGAGUUCGAAGAUCGUCAUCAUCGUAAUAGCGGCAGCAGCUCAUUCCACGGUCGCAAUAAUCACGGUAUGGGUCUGUCUACUAGUGAUGAUGAGGACGAUGAUUUUCGCAGCAGUCAGACAUUGGGCAAACUACAUAAUCAGAGUCGUAUGUUCUCUGAUUCGGACUCCACCGGUCGGCAAUCCGACGAAAAUCGUAUACGCCAUCAAAUGCAGCAGAAACUGUUGCGUCUAUGCGAUGGAGAUGACAGUUCCGAAGAUGAGAUUCGUCGCAAUGUAUUGAACAAGCAUAAUCAAGCCGGCAGACGGAACUGUCAUUCCACGCGUAUAGCAUCCGAUUCAGAGUCUCAAUCACAACCAGCACCAGAUUUGGACGCUGCCAAUAUCAAAGAGGAGCCUAUUGUUGCCGAAUUUAAGGAAACGGAUAUUAAAAAGGAGCAAAAUUUGUCUGAUAUAGAGCAGCAAAAGUUUAAAUCGCGUCACGAUUCAAAUUCUUCUGCCGAAGACCGUAAGAUUAUUAAAAGCGAGUCUGAUAUAAAGAAAGAAUAUAAUGAAUACUUCAAUGCUGCGGGUUCUCAAACUGAAAUAAACUAUUGUGACUACUCUAGUGGGGCUGUCCAUGAGUCUGCCAAAGUCAAAGAAUACUCGCCAGAGACGCGUAAAAAGCACAAGAAAAGCAAAAAGCGUCUUAAGACGGCUUUAUCGGCGGAUGCAUUGGUUACCAGCAGCCAUAUGCCUGGACCUCCAGGAGGCAGCAUGUUCGAUGUGGCUAUCGUCGAGUGUAAGCCAAAGUUCGCCAGCUUUGAUGAACUUAAGGCGGACGUACUGAACAAUUUACCAACAGAUGUAGUUCCUGAAGCCAGUGAACGUCGUAAGCAUAAGGAGCGCAAGGAGAAGAAGCGAGAGAAGCUGCGUAACUUAAGCGAGACAGCCACAGGCGGUGGCUCUGUCGAGGUUUCGUCCGAGCGUCUGUCCAAGGAGGAGCGACAUCGUUUGAAGAAAUCUAAAAAGUCAAAGAGCUUGGAUUCAUCCCGCAUGUUCAGUGCAUCAAAUGCUACUCCGACAGCAACACCCACAUCGUUGGCUACGCCCAAGGCGCAAUCUCCGACAGCUGCAAGUACAGCAUCCGCUGUGGCAGCAGCCGCUGCCGCCAGAGAACAGCAGAAACGAAGCGACGACAAAAUGGAGUACAUUUUUGGUGUAAUUUCCGACGAAGAGUCGCAAUUCACGGAUGAACCUGAUAACAAGGAUAUGCCGCCCUAUACACCAAACAUUUCAACCACUGGGCCAAUUGUCUCUGCGGCUUUGCACACCUACAAGCAGGAGCCGCAUACGCCGAAGAGUCACGCAACAAUUGGUGAUGAGGAGGAUCGUCGUGUUGGUGGUAAUAAUUCCUCGCACACUGAACGUGAGCGUCAUCGUAAAGAGAAGCGUGAGAAAAAGAGACGCGACAAAUCCGCGCGAGAGCAACAUGCGUUAUCAUCGCUUCAGCAACAACAACAACUACAACAGUCGUCCAAACAGCUCGACGAUGACAAUAGUGUGGAUUUGGAUGCAGCGGGACGGGCACUUGAAGCGCAGCUAAUGGACGACUUUGAUACCAAGCUGCCCGAGGAUGCGACGCCCUCAACUGCCACCACCUAUCGUAGCGAUAUGACCGAUGUGUUCCGCUUCUCCGACCAUGAAGAUAACUCGGUGGAGCUGCUGCCUAAGAAGUCACCACCCACACCCACACCAGUACAUGGCGAGAAACUUGAGAGCAAAGAUGCACAGCACAAGAGCAAAGAUAAAAAGAAGAAAAAGAAGCGUUCCAAAGAAGAGAAGCAUCAUCAGCCACAUCAGCGCCGCGAUCCUUUGGUGCUCACGCCGUCCAGUGUCCUGACACCGCCACCUCCGCAGGGCAAGUUGACAAUCAAUGUACAAGCUGCGACAAAACAUGCUCAAAAGACAGCUAGUAACAAAACAGAUGAUGACGAGACCAUUGAAUCUAAGCAACCCAUCUGCAAGCCAUCACCGAGCCUUCCCUGCCUCAUCGGCGACGAUGAUGAGGAUGUGCCCAUCAAACCGAAUACACCCACCAAGAAUACAGUUACAACCACCAAUUCGAAUGAAGCGCUGACGCCAGCGCGAGAGAAACCGCGUCUUAUUAGUCCCAUACCAAAAACGCCAACCAUUACCAACAGUUCCAUAUUAUCCGCUCAAUCGGAGUCUCCAUCUAGUUGCCCUUCGGCCGGUACAGGAAAAGCGUUGGUCACUACCCCAACAUCUUCGACAAAUGCCGCUGCUACAGAGUCGGCCCUAAGUACUAAGGCCAACGAUAGCACAUCGCCCUCUAGUCUUAGCAGUCCGGCAGCAUUGGGUAAGAAGAAAGAAAACUUCAUACCCGGCUUCGAUGGCUUUGAUGACAAGAUCAGCGAGUCUGCCGUGCAGUCCAUCUCCGCCGAAUUCAAUACAUCAAUACUUGACCCAACUGCUGAUGAGCCCAAAAUACCUGUUGCGUCACCACCAGAUGCCUCAAAAAGCAUGGAUAAACUGGAGGAUACCAAAUCACGAGUAACGAUAUCCCAGGAAGAAACGGAAAGCGCAGUUUCUGCUUUACUAGGAGAAAGCUUUGGCACUUCGUCUACCGCUGACUAUUCUCUUGAUGGUAUAGAUGAGCUGACAUCAGUCAGCGAGGUCGAGCAGCCAGCUUUGACUGUCUCCGAGCCGGACGAGGAGGCUGCACUGGCAGCUAAAGCGAUCGAACCUCUCGCAGAGGCUGAACCGGAGCCCGUGCCAGUCGAAGAAGAUGCUGCACUUGAUCCAGAUGAAAUCAAUAAAGCUGUUGAGAGUCUACGCAAUGAAGACAUGGACAUUAAAGCCGACACUCCGCAAUCUGAACGUGAUCUGCAAAUAGACACAGAUACCGAAGAAAAUGCUGACGAGGGUGACAGCAGUGGCCCUAGUCUUAAGAUCGACGAGACUGUGCAGAGCGCUUCUCCAGAGAAAUCAACAAAUUCGAGUAAUGAUCUAUCGCCGAAGACACCAAAGGUGGAAGCAGAGGAGAAGUCACACGUGGUAGACUUGCAACCAUCAGUGAUCACAAAGUUACCUGCGCGAGAAAUCCCUGCUACUAGCUUGGAUCAAAAAGCACCCCUUACAUUGGUUGCACCUCCAAAUGCAACCUCUUCGCCCAAGCAGGCAACCCCAACAUCCUCCGCAAAGAUUGAACCUCCUACUAUCAGCAAACUGCAACAACCGUUGGUACAACCCGUACACACGGUACUGCCACCGCCACCAACCACAUCGCAACAGCAGAGCGUCAUUAAUCUUGACUUAUCCAGCGUCAUUAGCGGCGAUUCUAAUUCGGCGAUAGUGACUAACAAUAGUACGAAAUCAAUGUCCUUUGGCAGUCCACAAGCUUCCCAAAAGCCACAAAUGCCACAGGCAUCGACCCCGAAACAGACGCCGCCUCUACAGCGCACUCAGAGUCUCAUUAUGCAACCGCCAACUAUCUCUAUACCCGAGCCCAUGCCACAUUUUGUGGUACCUCAGAUGGUCUUGUCUCCGCAUCAUCACCACCAACAGCAACAACAGCAAUCCCCGCAGCAGCAGCCUGGUGGCUUUAUAGCGAUGCGUGCUCCAUCACCGCAUAGUCCACUCUUGUCGCCAGGACGUGGACCAGGUACGCCAACGAGACAACACAGUCCCGCGGCACAACCCAACCUUGGACGCCCGCCAGCACAAGCGCAACCGACUCAGCAUCAUCCACAUACUCUGAUUAUGUCACCAGCUCCGAACGCAGCACUUGCAUCCCCAACAUCUUUGAUGAGCAAUAUGAGCAGUCCUAUGGCAAGCCCAACGGCUCGUGCGGUGGCUACAAAUGUUGUCAAUUCGCCGCCAAUAGCAGGAAAUCCCAAGACACAUAUAUCUGCAAGCGAUCCUUCUCCAACAUCUUUGCCGACAGUCAUGAAAAUUAAUAGCUAUUCGCCUUCAAUGGGCAAUGCUCGGGGUCAGAGCCAGGUACAGCAGCAGAUACCCAAAGCGGUAAUAGAGCUACAAUCACAGCCGCAUCUGUUGCCGUUGCCUCUGCAGAAGAUGCCGCCAGUGAGUGUGCAGCAUCAUCCGACAAUAAUAAGCAAGGUCGUCACAGUGCAGCCACAGCAGGCAACCCAAUCUUCGGCAGCCACAUCGCCACCAGUGGGCAGUUUGCCACCUCACAAAAAUGUGUAUGUCAAUGCGCAAAAUCAGCAACAUCAGGCUCAGCACCAACAGCAGCAACAUUCGCCACAGAUGUUGGCCAAAAUGGGCGCACAUCAACAACAACAGCACCAGCAGCAACAACAACAGCAGCAGCAACAACAACAACAACAGCAGCAGCAGCAGCAGCAACAACAGCAUCAGCAAUACAUGCAACAACAUCAGCAAAUGAUGCAACGACAGCAAAUGCAACAUCAUCAGCAGCAGCCACCGCAGCAAAUUCAUCAACUACGGCAACAACAACAGCAAUCGCAGAUGCAGCAACAGUCGCAAAUGCACCAGCAGCAACAACAGGCUCAGUUACAGCAUCAGGUGGCACAUCCCCCAAUGUUUGUCUCCCAGCAGCAACAGUUGCAUCAGCAGCAACAGCAACAUUUACAACAGCAGCAACAGCAACAUUUACAGCAGCAACAGCUACAGCAGCAGCAACAACAGAUAGAGCAGCAGCAGCAGUCGCUGCCACGUCCCAGUGGCAAUGUGCAACAACAGCAACAAGCUCUGGGCCACAGUCCACCGAACAAGAACAACCAAUUAGCACCCUCUGUCUCAUCACAACAACAAGCGCAGCCCACGUCCGUUAUGGUGCGUGGUCCUCACCACCAAGGACAGGCGCCUACGCCGCUUAAUGUAAUACAAAGUGCUCCGUCAGCACAGAAGAUAAUUGUGCAGCAACACAUUGUGGGACAGACUCCUUCCAGUCAACCAUCGGCGAUACAUUAUCAGUCUAAUCGACCGCACCCACCAGCCAUGACAAGCGACCCGCCACUUAAACCAACUGGCUUGGAUAUUCCAAUAACAACAUCAGUACCAGUGUCAGUUGUUGAGGUGCCACAACCACCGCCACUCAUGAAGACAUCGGAGAGUGUGUCGGUCAUACGCACGCCCACACCUACAACAAGCUUGACAAAUUCUGCCAUAGCGUCGCCCAAGGAAGGAGCAGCACGCUCAGCAACAAGCUCGCUGCUUACUGAAGAGAAUGUCAUUAAGAUAUCACAGCCCAAGCAAGAUGAUAUUGAACAGGACUCCAAAGAGGUGGACAGCGACUAUUGGUCGGCGAAGGAGGUAAAUAUUGAUAGUGUAAUCAAGAAGUUGGAUCCCAAUGCCACAAUAACAAAUGCAAAGGAUGAAGCAGGAAAGCGAACUGUUUUCGCAAAAUCCAAAGAGCCAGCAACGCAACCGCCUCAACUUGUCAGCGAUGUGCCGCACGCGGAGCCACCAGCUACAAAACAAACUACGCCAGUGGCGAGUGCUAGCGAACCCGUCGACGCACCGAUUGCAGCUCCAGCAGCAGUUGCCAACAAUACAGAUCAUGACACCGAAGAUGAGACUGAAACACGGCAAACCCCGAUUGUGAAGAGCACACCAUCGGUUGGAAGACCGCCUGGCUCACGGGGUGGUGCCACCAAACGUGGCCGACAACCCCGCGGUGCUAAGAAACAGGGUGGUCUGCCCUUGACUCCCGCUCCAGUGCAAGAUACCGGCUUAACUCCGGCUGAAACCGGCGUGCAUACGCGAUUGCGUAAACUGGCAACAACGCAGGUAACUCGCGGUCGUAAGGGACGACCGCCACGCAAUCUCUUGCUGCAGCAGCAACAGCUGCAACAACAGCAGUUGCAACAGCAGCAACAACAAGCGUUGGAAACGCCCACGCCUACACCCGUUCCUACGGCUGCAGAAAAGAAAGCUCGCAAUCAAGCACUUUCCAGUCAGGAUGUGUACGAAUUCCAUGACGAUUCGGGCGAAGAGUCCAAAGCCAAGGCAGCUGCAGCAGCUGCUGUCAAACAGGUUAACGAUGAAAGCCGUCCACGUCUCAUACUGACUAUCAACAAAGCUAUGGGGCAGGCAGCGGCUCCGCCUGCCUUAAAGUCAGAGGUGGAUGGAAAUCUGCCAGCAUCUACGCCGGAACCGUUAAGUGUGGUCGAAAGUAAUCCUGCAAGUUUAGAAAGCGCAGAGAGUUCGAACACGCGUAAAUCGCGUCGCCUGCAAGAAAAGGAAGAUCGCAGCACUGUGGAUGACAUUAUUGAGGAUGUGGUACGCAAUACGCAACUGGCGGGAGCAAACGCAGUGCAGCUGCCCAAGGGCGCACAGACGCCACCACGUCGUUCAGGACGCAAUGCUCAGUCUAAGAAAUCAGAUGCAACGCCUACACCCAAUGCCGUGGGUCGUCCCAGACGUUCAAAGGAGCGCAAAACCAUUUGUGAACUACCCGCCAAUCUCAACGAGGAGCCCGCGCUGUUGCCGCCACCACCACAACCAUCACAAAGCGGACAGCGGGAGGAAUUGCAUUUGCCCGAGUUGGUCAGUAAGGAGGACACACAACCUCAACAUCCAAUUCAACCACCAGCUUCUGCUCCGUCACCUGCGCCUGAACCGGUACCUGCUUCAGUGACUCCGGCGGUUGUCCCACAGCCACCAAAGCCAACGCACAGCACUAUUCCGCAGCAUCCGAAGAAGAAGGCCAUUGCCGCAGCUGAAAUCGAGUCAUAUCAAGCCAUUAACUCAUCUAUACCAAGUGGUGGACUGCCUAUGCAUCAGACAGCAGCACCGGCCACACAAAAGAUCACGGGUGGUGCCGCCGAUGCUGUCAGCAAAGCGCUCGUCGAUCCCCUUACCGGCGUAAUCACAGCUGGCAUGCCCCAGGGCAAGGAGGGUAAUCUCCCUGCGGCCACUGCGGCUGCGGCUGCCAGUAGCAAUAAUUUACACAAGCUGGACAUCGGAUCUACACAGCAGCAACAGCAAAAUCAGCAACAACACCAGCAGCAAUCGCUUCAGAUCAAAGCUACGGUAAUCAAUAAACCGAUACCUGCAACUAUCACCGCGCACACCCCGCCGCCCCCGGCAGUAGGUCCUGUGGCCACACCGAUCACGGCUCUAAGCAAACCCGUUCAAGUAGAGGCUGCUGCCGCUGCUCUUUCAUCCACACCAGCUACAGCCUCUCUGCUUAACAAGCCGGUCAGUGUAUUGGUGAAGACCUCAAUGGCAACACCAUCGAAAACUUCACCCACCCAGCCACAACCCACGGUCGUGAUUCAGCAGCAGGUUGUUCCACCGCAGGCAGCAACUGGCAAACAGCCUAUUGUGUUGCAGCAUAAUCCGCAAACGGUGUUGCAGCAUGCUCAGCACACAAGUGUUCGCCCACAACCGCUCAAGGCGCAUGUACUCAAUCGCGAGAAGAAUCUCCAGCAGCAGCAGCAGCAACAGAUGACGCCCACCAAGCAACCCACUUUGCAGACGCCGCCUCAGCACAUGCUGGUCACCGAUAUGUCUGGAAAUCAGCUUCUCCAAUCAAACAUCAUAGCGCGUCACAUGCUUCAGCCGCAACACCCACAGCAUCCGGUGCAGCAGCUUACACCACAACAGCAGCAUCUACUGGUCAACAUUCCGCCGCCGACGGCGCAUUCACCACACUCGCCACGUAUUCCUGUCCAGUCCGCUCAGCAGCAUCAGCAACAACAACAACAGACGCUGGUAAUCAAGCAGACCACAUCGUCAGGAGCAUCGGGAACUAUGCCAGCACAUCAUCAGCCGCAAAUAUUGCAUGUGGUCAGCUCCAAGGCUUCAGUAGGUGCACAACAACCACCACCAACAUCCUCGGCCGGCGCUCAUCUUGUAGUGCAGCAGCAGCAAUUAGGAAAACCAAUCAAUCAUCCUGCCCAGCAAGGCUUCAGCUAUGCCCCACCCACAUCGACAGCGCAACAGCAGCAGCAGCAGCUCUACAAGCUUCAACAGCCGACGCUAACACAGUCCGCCCAGCAGAAGUCGUCACCACCAUUACAGCUGCCACAUGGCAUGAUCAUGCCAACACAUCCGCUGUUGCUGCAACCAAAGCCGCCAUCGCAUCUGCAAGCUCAACAACAUCAGCUAACGCCAUCGCCCCCACUUCAGGUGCAAUCCGGCAAAUCGAAUCCCGCAUUGCACAGCCUACAGGCAGCCCAGAUCUUGUCCGGCAGUCCUCCGCCCGUGUCCGCUGGGGUGCUGAAAUCGGCACAACAACAAGUUGCUUCGGCAGCAGCCGUUGGCGCACUACGCACGGCCAUACCCAACAUCAGUCCGCAGGGUCAGCCACGUGUCUCGCCGCUUGUUCUGCCGCCAGGCAUGCCAGUACCACCUUUUGAUGCCAGCAUGCAUGAUAUGAGUGCCUAUGCUUCGGGCAUUGUCAGUGGAAGGCGCACGCAGAGUCCGCCACCGGCUCACCAGCAAGCGUCGCCCAUAACACCGAACGCUGCGCGUGAGAAUUACAUGCUUUAUCAACAUAUCCAUAUGCGCGGCGGCGACUACGAUGACAAAAUGAUCUCGAGCAGUCCACCGUUGGAGCUACGACGUCCGGGUAGCGGUCCACGCACCAUAUCCGUUCCUCAUAGCUUGCAAAGCCCACAGGAUCGCACUGCUGCGGACUCGCCUCAAACAGCACAGAUCUAUGUGCACAAUCCCCGAAUUUCGCACCCGCACUACAACGAUGGACGUCCGGGAGUCUACUACGAUGGUGGUUCGAUACAACUGGAGCCACCGCCCGCACACCGAUCGGCUACAUCUAUAAGCGUGGUAGUUCCACCGCCUUCUGUGACCAGUGGCAAUCCCUACAUUGGUGGUGGAGCCGUCCAGCCUCCUCCAGGAGCUCCCUUGGCUAAGCUCUUAGAGCGGGAACGUGAGCGCGAGAACGAACGUCUUUCUAUGGCCGUCAAGCAACAGGAGCAGCUACGCUCAACGACGCCGGUUGGAAUUCCCGGUGUAUUGCAUGGCAUGGAAAUGGCGCCGGCCAUAGCGCCACCUCCGGGUGACUCGCUAGUAACGCUGCUGCAACGGUAUCCGGUCAUGUGGCAGGGCCUGUUGGCCUUAAAGACCGACCAGGCUGCUGUGCAGAUGCACUUCGUCUACGGCAAUCCGAACGUAGCACGCACCGCAUUACCCAGUCUCACGGAAACAACUCCGCCGCUUCUGCGCAUUGCACAGCGCAUGCGUCUCGAGCAGACACAGCUGGAAGGUGUGGCGAAAAAGAUGCAGGUGGUUAAGGAGCAUUGCAUAUUGUUGGCCCUGCCAUGUGGCCGUGACCACGCCGAUGUGCUGCAGCAUUCACGUAAUUUGCAAACCGGCUUUAUCACCUAUCUGCAACAGAAAAUGGCCGCGGGAAUUGUAAAUAUUCCCAUUCCGGGCAGCGAGCAGGCCGCUUAUGUGGUUCACAUCUUUCCGGCCUGCGACUUUGCCAAUGAGAAUCUAGAGCGAGCUGCGCCAGAUUUGAAGAACCGUGUAGCUGAAUUGGCGCAUCUAUUGAUUGUGAUUGCCACCGUCUAAAUGGAAAUCCGCUUUAAAUACCAGACCCUUACAACUUUACUCGGAACUGCAAAAUACAAUUCUACCCAAAUGCGACACUAUGAAUCCCUAAUAUGAGAAACUGAGAAACAACCAAAUGUGAGAAACAAAAUUACUGGCUACAACAACACAGAAUGUAUAGUAAAUCAGCAAAAACCAACAACAACUACUACAAACAAGUUACGCCCUUCUAGUAUAUUAAGUAAUUUUAAAAUAGCGAUUAACGUUAAACAAGCAAAAGUUUAAAAGAAAGAAAACAAAAAAAAAACCACACAACACCUAAAAGAAAAAUGCAAGAAAACUUUAUUGAAUAAAUAAACAAAUGCAAGAACAUUGAGGCAAAAAGCACCGACGAUGAUCAAUGUAAAUCCGAUCGCAAAAAAAAAACAGAAAUCGCAACAACAAAAAUGCAAAUUGUUUAUCUAAAUUGUUUUCUCCCCCACUUCAUACCUAAGCGAAAUAUUUGCAAAGUAUCGUUAAGUUGUAUGCAUACAUUUUAUUUAUUUGAUCUCAAGAAAGUUUUAUUUUUGCUUAAUUUAAAAUGAAAUGAAAAGAAAGCGAAAAGCUUCAAUUAUGUAAACGAAAAGCCCAAACUAUUAAUGUUCACUGUACGCCCAGAUUAAAAAUAGAAAAUCGUCCCAACACGUUGAAAUUUCUUAAUUAACGUUUAAAGGCAAUUACUGCAAGCAUUUUACAAAGUUUACACUCUUAAAAAAUAUAAUAAUAAUGAAACGAAUUAAUGUUCAAAUUCCUUGGCUUUAUGAAGCACACUUCUAACUUAUUAAUGGAUGUGCUGCAUAGACCCAAAGAAUGAUAGGAGCAUCGGUCCCUUUUUCAACCCUGUCGCUGUUAAGCACAAUUAGGAUUAAAGACGCGCCCAGAGGCUUUUUCUCCUACAAUUACAUACACACGUAUACAUAAAUACAUACAUAGAAACGUAUUUAAUAAUAAACAUAAAAUUAAGCCAAAUAUUUUUUAAAGUUUAGACAAGUCCUUCGUACGCGAUUGAGGCAACAAAAGCGUCUGCGAUUUGCAGAAAAUAGCUGGAAAUUGCAAUCCCUUUUGUGUGCCCCACUGUGUUGACCCCUUUGUUGUUAUUGCUGCCCCUUUUCUAACGCCUUGUUUCAAACUCUUGACACCAACACCACUGCCACACCUACUGAAUUGAUGAAGCUGUCGUUUUAAUCGGUUGCAAUCGAUUCUUUUUAUUUCUUCUAUUGCGUUUGUGUCAAACUUUGUAAAAUGUGAGACAGUUGCGGGACGUUUCUCUAAUAUAAAUAUGCCCAAACGCAGGCAUUAUAAAUCAACACCUACACAUGUAUACAAACAACCACACACAUUUUAGAAUCCUGUACACUCCUAAAUAUUUUCACACCCACUUGUAAAUUUUGUGAAAAAAAAGAAAGUAAAUAUACUAUAUAUACAACAAAAAAAGAAGGAAAAUCUGUAAAAUAUUUAAAUUAUUUAACGCUUAAAAAUGUUAUAAAUUAUUUUAAAUAUAAAUAUAUAUGUAUAUCUAUUAAAUAAAAACGUAAUAAGUAACAACUAAAAUACGUCUAAAAUCAGUAACGAUGAUUGAUGAUAACAAUAACGCGAGGAGUUGCGGAGUUGUAAAUACAGUUUAACUAGUGUUUAGCGAGUAUUUAGAUAUAUACAUAUAUGUUUCAAGCCUAAACUAAAUAGAAACUGUACAUUAAAUAAUACUACACAUAAAUGAAAGAAAAAACGAAAAACAAACAAGAGCAAAACGCAAGAUUACAUUUUACAUUAAAACCCGUAGAGAAGGCAGAUAAAAUGCUAUUGAACAUAUGUUUCUGUAUAAGUUUAACUUCUUAAGACAUUUUUAGUUAUUUUUAAGUUACUUUAUCGCCAACAGCAGAUAAAAAUUAAUAAAUUACACACCUUAAUUUAAUUUUAUUGAUUGAUGACGAUCGAUUUCAAGUGAAAAGAAUAAAAAAUUCAAUAAACUCUUCUGUUAUUUUUCAUAAAAAACAAUUAAUAAUAA